UAGCCAAGCCAAGCCAUGCCGUCCCGCGGCCUCGGCGGGCGCGCGCGCACCCGCCGCGCGCGUCGCCGCCGCCAGAGGGAGUCAGCGACGACGAGGGACUGGGCCGGCGGCCUGGGAACGGACGCGCUCCUGGCGAUCUUCCACCGCCUCGACCACAUCGACAUCCUGAUCUCCGCGGACAAGGUGUGCCGCUCCUGGCGCCGCGCCGCGCGGGAGGAGCCCUCGCUGUGGCGCCGCAUCACCAUGCGCGGGCACGAGGGGAUCGCGCGCAGGCUCAACCGCGGCGGCAUGGCCUGCGAGGCCGUCCGGCGCAGCGCGGGCCACUGCGAGGCGUUCUGCGGGCAGUACGCCGGGGACGACGGCUUCCUUGUGUACCUCAUUGAGCAGGCCCCUUGUCUGAAGAGCCUUCGCCUUAUUUCCUGCAACCUUGUCUCAAAUGAAGGACUUACAGUGGCUGUGAAAGAGCUCCCUCUGCUUGAGGAGCUCGAGCUCUCAUUAUGUCCUAACGUUGGUGGGUUUUUUGUGAGCAAUGACGGCGUUUGUGGUUAUGAGGUGUACAGGUUUGUUAGCGAAGUAUGCCCACAGCUGAAGCGCUUCAGACUGAGCAAUGAAGAUUUCAACGUUACUAGAGACUGGAACAAGAACAAGGACGUUGGAGGGAUUGCAGGUAUGCACGGGCUACGCUCCUUGCAGCUGUUUGGCAAUGGUAUGGAUAAUGAGGGCCUACAAACUGUCUUGCACUGCUGUCCCCAUCUGGAGUCCCUUGACAUACGCCAUUGCUUCAACGUCGACAUGGAUGAGACUCUGCUCCUCAAGUGUGCCAGGCUCAAGACCCUGAGGCUUCCUGAUGACCCCACUGAUGACUAUGACCUUGAGGUUAAAACACCUAUCAGGAUGUGUGCAGUGAUUGAUGAUAGCCCUUGGUCUUCCGAUGGGUACGAUUCCUAUAGAUACCAGCUCCGCUCUCCAGAGUACCUCAACGACUUUGACUCCGACUCCGGGGAUGACACGGAUUUCUUUGGUGAGCCAUCCCGCUACGAGUGUGACCUUGACAAGUAUGACAUGAUGCUUCCAAUGAGCAUGCGCACGUUCCUGAAAUAAAAGGCGAUCUGCAAUUCUGCAUGCUGAGAAUUGAAUUUCAUGUUAGUAUAUCUCUGCUGGCACUCCCGGCGUGUCCUUUGGGUUUUUUUUUUGUUGUUUCUGCAUGGCGAUGAAAUCUGUCUCCGCUUGAAUCUUUUUAGUCUGGCUCUCUACUUUCAUGUUGGUCUAUUGAUUGAUCUUGUGUACGUAAGUACGUUAGGUUCACAGCAGGGAUGAUGAAAACUUCUGUAAACUUUAGUUUGCCCGUCUUGAAGAGUGAACUCUGAAUGCUGUCAAACUGAAAUAAGUGCCAAGUUGCUAGCUCAUCUUUCGAAA